AUGAAAAAGGGGAGGGGAGAAAUCAAAACAAGGACAAGUGAUCGGUUACGAGCCGCGGGGAUCACUGGUUCUAGGAAAUCAUUGCCAAUCGGAAUUCAAAACCUAUCUAGUUCUUCUGAGGAGGAUGAUACGGAAAGCGAAAGCGAAAAGGAGGAGAAAGUACAUGAAGACGAAGAAGUGGAAGAAGAUGAACAAGCUGAUGAUCAAGAAGACAAAGAAAAACAAGAUGAAGAAGAACAGGAUGAAGAAGAGGAAGGCGAGACCGCCGUGGGUGAAGAUUCGAAUUCAUCAACGAGUGAGAUACCCCCAGAUACUAGGAAAAGGAGCAAGGCUCGAGAAAAGGAAAAGAAAGUGAAGGCUGUUAAAAAGGAAGAAAAGGCAAGAGAAGAUAGAAGGAGAAAGGGAAAAGCUCCAAUGAAUCCGGAGAAAUCAGAGCGAAUGUGUAAACCCAAGUCGACUAGUCAGCUUCAAUUUCUAAUAGGAGGAAGGGUUUUGAGGUUUGGAUUGAGAGAAUUUGCACUUAUAACAGGGCUAAGAUGUCAUGAGAUUCCUGAUAUUAACCAUGAGGAUAUAAAGGGUGGUGGGCGGCUAAAAGGGGUAUAUUUUGAAAAUCUUAAAACUGUGAUGAGGCAGUACUUGAAUGUUAUGUUCAAUAUAAGUACCGUUGGAACUUAUGAUGAUAGGAUAAAAAUAGCCAAGCUGUACUUUCUGGAGAGUUUUUUUAUCCUCAAACAAGAAUGUCUAAGUGUAGAUUGGGAUCAUAUCAUUAUGGUAGACGAUGAUGAAGUAUUUGAUGGGUACCCAUGGGGUAGAGUUGCUUUUGAACUCUUAGUGGACUUCAUGAAUAGGGCCGUCUGUAGCAAGGGGCAAACGGUAUUUUCUUCAUUUUUGAAACAACUUGAAGUGUCUCCAAUGCUGGCAACCCCGGAUGAAGUGGGAAUGCCUUUCUUCGCACCAUUCAUCGAGACAGAAAAAGACAUACUCAAGAAGUAG